AUAGUAGCUUUCGUAGCAGCAGUGACGAUUACCCUGAAACGUAUAGCCAACACCUGCAUUCACACACCACGCACAUGCUGCAGCAACAUACCAGUAACCAACACCAACAACUCCAUUCGCAACAUUCACAACAUCCUCCGCAAACAUGUGCGCCGUCGGCAACACAGCAACACUCACGCAAACCGCGUCGAAAUCGCACCACUUUCACCUCUGGCCAAUUGACUGCACUGGAAAAGGUCUUUGAACGCACCCACUAUCCGGAUGCAUUUGUGCGCGAAGAACUGGCCACCAAGGUGGGGCUGAGUGAAGCGCGUGUGCAGGUCUGGUUUCAAAAUAGACGCGCAAAAUUUCGUCGCAAUGAACGCAGCUCAACGAGUGGUCGUUCCAUAUUGGCGAGUACACCUCAACCGGUGCCGCCCAUCACAGUCACGCACAAAUUCGAUAAAUCCAUUGCUGGCAGUGGUGGUGCAGGUGGAUUUUUUCAUCAACAAAUGGAUCAUGCGGCCGCAGCAGCAGCCGCAUACACGUUGAGCUUUCCCACGCUUGGCAUGUAUUCGACGGCGGCGGUGGCCGCGGCUGCUGCAAAAAAUUAUGCAAAUUCCUAUAGUGCAUUUGGUAGUGCAGCAUCGGUGGCUAGCGCCGCGGCUGAUGGACUCACUGGGGCUGCGGUUGGUGGAGGUGGCGUCGGCGGUGGCGGUGGUGCAGGCUGCGGCUUCUUUGGCUCGUCGAAUUAUUGUGCGCCAGCGGUUGGCUAUCAGCACAGCUAUGCACCGUUAAGGUAUAAGGCAGCACCGGGGUUUUCUGCGUUAUGA